GCUUAGUAUCGGCGACAUAGGUAUCUCCCGAUGCACAAUCUACACCAAAGAGAGCAAAAAUAUCGCCGGCGUACACCUCAGUUACAUCUUCCAUCUGGUUGGAAUGGAGUCGGACCAAUCUUGAAACUCGUACCUAUGGAGGAUUCGCAUAACAGCCAUGCGUACGAGCCGGUAUGAAGGCGUACGAAGGAUUGGUUGGAAGUGCCGACUCUAGUUAACACAUUGUCCACGCAUGUGUGAUGACAACAAGAACUUUGACGUUAGUAAUUCAAAAGAUAACGAACUAGCAGAAUAGAAUCUCAUGUAACAGCAACGAUAUUCCAAACGACGUUUCCUUGUCAGUGAAUAUCGCUUAUCGAAAAUGGAGAAUAAACUGACUCCAAGAUGCACGAGUUCGCCAGCGGCUCAAACUGAAUUAUCUCCUGCUGCUACCAAGCACGAUUCUUUCUUGGAUGACAUGGAGUUGUCUUCUCAUAAUGGGAAUAAUUUUACAUCAACCAAAGAAGUGGAACGUCAUGUGACUCAGAGAUUCAUGUCACCAUCCCUGGUACCAUUUAUGGCUGUAAUGGAGGAAACUUCAAGUAUGGAGGAAAAGGUAAAAAAUACAGGUCGGAGGUCUGGUAAUCGAGAAAUGGAAAGCAUUCAGCAGAUCGCUACAAUACGAGAGUCGAGAUCCAAGGCAUCAGAAGGUAAGAUAAGAACUCACGAGAGUAAAAUAAAGACCAAACUUGCUGCUGUAAAAACUGUGGAGACUCAACGCCAAAUGACGAGUAAUUUGAGUAAGCCUCAGCAGGAUCGAAAACACCUGACUAAAGAACGUGGCAGACGUUCUGGAAGUUAUAAAGAGAUUGAUUACAAUGUUGAUACGAUGAAAGAAAAUAAGCAGCCAUCGAAUUCACUCAAACUGCUUAAUUCUUCACUAGAACCAUCCAAGGAGCAUCAUCAUCGAUCCGAAGAUGCUAAAAAGCCGGAGUCUAGAGAAAUUCCAGAAUCAGUAGCACUAUUAAAUGCUAUUAAGGAAAUCGUUAGCACGUAUACUAAGGAAGAGGGAUCUAAAAUUUUGAGAACUCUUGGUGAGCUGCACAUCAUCAGUCAAGCGAGCCUAAUUAAAAAUAUGAUGUGUCAAACCGACGAAAUAAGGAAGGACCUGCAGCUGGGUGAAAAUUUGGGCCAAUUACGGCUCCUUAUGGCCGAAAAUGAAAGACUGAGUGAAAACUUUGCUCUCUUGAAGCUGAAGAACGAAGAUCUGCAGAGAAAAUUGGAGGAAACCGAACGUCUCAGAGAAGAGAAUGCAACGCUGAAACUAAAGUUACAUGAGCUUACAGGUCGAAAGUUCAGCUAAGUAGCCAUGCAUCGUUUGCUAGACCAGUAAGCAUCAUUAUCUGUUCACAGUGCUGUUGAAUUCGAGAUUUCCACGCUGUUCGUGAGAUCGUAUUCUGACCUAUAUUGAUUUACGACUUUCGGAGCUUAUUUAACAAUUAGUUUAGAUAAUUAUUACUACUGUUAUUGCUGUAAAUAUUUAAUACUCAUCCCUUUAUUUGCGCAUUAAGUAAUGUGGGGAUAUCGUUCAAGUAGGGGUAUUUUUGAUACUAAUACUGAGAUAGCACGUGUCGAGAUCCACUCUCUGAAUAAAGCAUGUUUUUUUUAUUACUUUUUUAAAAAUACAUUGAAAAAGCUGGUUCAAUUUACACGAAGCAUACAUGUAUAACAUACAAGAGAGGCCGGGGAAAAGAUUGGGAGAACAUUGAUAACUGCAGAAUAAAAACGAAUGAAAUAGAGUAA